CUUGAGAAACAACCCUUCUACAAAUUAUUUCAUUACAAAUAUCUCAUUAAAGACUCCCGCAUUUGAAUUUCUCACUUUAUCGACGACAGGGAAGGCAAAAUAUAAACAUGUUUCAACGUUUAGUUGCUUUACUAUUUAUUACUGCAGUGCUAUCGGAACCAGAAUGUUCUAGAUUCCAUUAUGAGGAACAAACUUUAAACAGAAUGAUUCGACAGGAAAUAGCCAUGGAAAAACUGCAGGCGGAUAUGGCGGCAACUCAGCAGCAAGUGCUUGACGCCCUUGGAAAGUUAACAGAAACAACCAAGCAGCUUAGAGAAGAAAAGAUAAAAUUGGAGCAUGUUGCAAAUGUGUCGGCGGAGGGAACCAAUAAAAGUGUUCGAAACUUUUCUGCUGCAGAAAUUGAAAAACUUAAAGGACCCACAGUCGCAUUCAGAAGUAAGGACCUUGUUGAUAAAACACCAAGUGCUGGGGACACACUUGUGUUUAAGACGACGACGUUGAACGAAGGUCUCGGUUAUGAUAACAAGAGCGGGAUAUUUACAGCACCAGUAGCGGGAACAUAUACGUUUUCAGUACAGUUAUAUGUUCACCCUGAGCAUAAUAUGUACUAUGCAAUAAUUGCGGACAGUGUAGAGAUCAACAAAGGGUUGUUCGCUGAUAAAGCAUACAUGAAAAGUUACACCGCAGAGACUGUUGCUGUUCUCCAAAAAGAUUCAAAAGUUUACAUGAAAUGUUCUAGUGGUUCAGGAAAUUUAUUAACCUCAGAUGCUGCAUGGAAUACAUUUUCAGGUGUACUGGUUCACUUAUAAACCUUUAAUUUGAAAAAGGGAUUAAUGCAUUUUAUGUUACACCCCCCCCCCCCCCCACAAAUGUAAUUUCAUUGACAUUGAUUUCAAGGUAUAUCUUUACGUAAAGUUACGUUCUAUGGCAUUUCAUUUACGUAAAUGACUAAAUUACACUUUGUCAGUUUGAUACACGUUUAAGUUUAAUACACGCACUACUCAAGCCUUUUCAAACAAAUCGUAUUAUAAUAGCAGACUGAGGGGGCUUAAAUUCAUAUCAAUGUAAUAAAUAACAUUUAUUUUUGAAGUGUAAACAUAGAAAAGACGCAAUAUACUAUUGGUAUUGAAAACUGUACAAUCCCGUUGUGUUCCUAUUAAUGUCAAAUUAGGAGAUAGUUGUAAUAACAGAGAUGUCUUUUUAAUUUAACGCAUAUGUAUAAUGAAAGAACAAAGAAUGAAACAUUUAAAUAACAAAUUAGCCAAACGCCCCCUUUUUAGGAGAAUAAAUCAUGAUUUACAGCAAACACAACACGUUUUCUGAAAGGUGCAAUCAUCCUAACUUCUUUGGUGUACGAUUUGUUUCGAAAUAAAACAAAUUGUCUAUCUAUUUCAGAUAGCACAAUCUUAUUUAAAUACCUUUUACAUUUUUAUGCAUAAAUCACAAUUUAAUCUCGUAUGUGUAUGUAUGACGUGCAUGCUGAUAUUUUAUUGACA